UACUGCAUUGAGUGAUAUCCAUAUGGACACAGUCUUCAUGUGGCAGCAUUGUCGACCAUUCAAGACCUUUCCCCCAAAGGUGAUGAGUUUUAACGGCACCAAUAGAGAAGUCUGUUCAGAGUAUUUACAAAGAGCAGGAGUGGUGGGGGUGUGUGAGUCCUCUCAUGAUGUCCUGUUCCGUAAAGAGCUCAUCCUGACCACUGUGAGCUCAGCUACGUCUGAAUCCUCCAUCUCCAACUCUUGUCGGCAGCUUUCUCUGAUUACAUACACUACGAGACCCAUACAGAUGAAAAUGAGGAGGAUUAUGCCUAUGACCUGGGUGCAAAAGAGUAAAGCAACACUUCGUUAAGGAAAUAUUCACAGAAAAUGUCUGUGUUUGAUUCAAAAGUGCUUGAUUCGUAGUUGACAAUAGGUCAUGGCAUCAAAUUUGGAUGAAUCCUCCUUGGUCCAAACUGUAAAGUAAAUGGACUUACCUGAGAAAAGACAAAGAGCUGCUGCGAGCGAAGCAUGAGUUCUUGAAGGGCAUCUCCCUCACUAACUGGCUCGCACCACUUCUGCGGAGCCGCCUUGUCAACUAUUACAAAUCUGCCUUCCCAGUCUGUCAUGGCACAAGCAAAGUAUUGGCCAUCUAGAAACAAUAAGAUCAGCCACACGAUGGCAGGAACAAAACUGGAGAGGGAAACAGUUUUACUGCACCACGCGUCACAUCUGCAUCCUUGAAUGAUCAGCAUCAAAGUGAAAGCCAUGACGGCAGGGAUGAUGAAGAAGGCUGAUGAAAACACUCCGUUCCAUGUGGGGUUGCAAGGACACUCAAACUCCAGCUCCACCAGCUUCUCUAGUCCCAUGAGGAUAAAGCCAAACGCCACAUUUGAUACCAGAGGACUGUUGCUUAGUUCAUUUUUCAGCCUGGUAAGCCAUUGUUGUCUACUUUCCAUACUAGAUUGACCAAAGAAUGAAGACAAUCGUUGUAAAAAGCCCAAAAGAGGGUCCACCGUUGUGAACACAUUGGCAACAGAUAAGUGAUGCGUAAUUAACUCAUCCAGGGGUAAGUUUUCCCCUCGGGCAAAAUGCCACACUUCCACUCUGAUUGGUUUGGAACAAAGGAGGGUGUGCCGUCUGCUCUGACAUUUCUCCAGCUGAUUGGCCUGUGUGAGGUUUCAGGUGGGGUUACAUUUUAAAUAUGGUCUCUCUUGGACAAACUGGAGGGAGGGCUGUAAAGUGGAGGGAAGUUUGUUCUGCGGCUGCACACAGACUGAGUCCUUUGCAAUAACUCAGCAAAAACACAUUCACAGAGUUAAAGGGGGACGUUUCUAGAUUGAUUAAUCAAUUUACAGGCCAAUAUAUUCUUUUCAUGGAACAAAAUAAGAAAAAGCUACCAUUUCAAAACCUCUAGCAGUAAUGCCACUUAAUGUGCGCCACAAUAUCACAAGCUGAGUUAUAAUUAUAGUCAAGUGAAAAGUAUUCUUGGUAUUUUUUCCCCCCUUUUGGUUCAUUUAUUGCAAUCCUCUGCAGCUCCUGAAGUAAAAUACAUGCAGAUUUGGUUUUGUUUACUACAAGUGGCCACAUGAGGGCGCCCAUGCAGCAGCACAGAUUAAGGGGGAUUACAGGAGGCCAUGUUGAACUUUCAAGGGGAUGUGGUUCAUACAGCUUGAGAACAGCCAGGCCACUGAUGUGAUGACAUAAUUUAUAAAUGACCUCACUGAGCUCAAGAGCAUCACCAUAAUCUGCUCACAUUAAUACCUGACAGGCAGGAGCAAGUAUUUGGGCUCUGUGAAAUAGGAUUGGAAAGAUGGGACUGUUGAAAAGGGAGGUUUGCUUUCAUUUCAUCUAUAGAACCAUUUGACAUUUUUUUGAAUUCGACUACCCAAAAGAGCGCCUUUUCAAAUACUUGUCAUGCCUGCAUAGUUUUAUAAGACUGGCUUUCUUGCUGCUGAAAAACGGGAAGUGAAUUUAUAGUGACAUUAAUAUUGCAAGAGCUGCUGAAAAGAGGAAACCAUAUGGACCAUGCUGCUGCUGUACCAUGGUCACUUGUAUAAAUGCAGAGUGGGCAGUAACAUCCUCCAAAUGGAAGAUGAUAAAAUGUGCACCUGUUAUCGCAUGAAGGAGAUUAUCCGUAAAUCAGAGAAUGGAGUCUCAGAAUAAGUGCCUGACUUCACAAACAGAACCAAUUACAUACAUGUUCCCGGCUGUGUGUGUGUGUAUGUGUAUGUGUGCGUCCGUGUGUUUUUUAUCCACGGUCAUGAGCGCAUAGGGCACGCGCAGCUUGUCGUUGCUGCCGUCGGUGUCCUACCAGCAUCUGUUCCUCUUUUUGGAGCAGACUUGUGUUUCGGCUACAUCAGCUCCCAUCGGGAAUAAUUUGUGCGCUACUUUCAUUUUAAUCACCGCAACGUUACCGCGAGAGCGUAAAUGCGCAUCGCUCUGCGCAUCUUUGAAUCUUCAGAACUACACUGUGGACAAUCUCCCUGACAUCCAGAGACCUCUCCUCCGCAAUCCGACGGGGCUUCUUCACCGCCUAUGGCCGCACAUCGGCAUCCCUGAGCCGCCGGCCUCGUCCCCCGGACCUUUCACCCAUCGCUGUCCUCAAAAGCUCCCGCAAAUCAGGAAGACAUCUACAAACAAUUUGGUGUCAUCAUCCUCGGCGUACUAUUUUUAAAGAACCCGGUGCAAUGCUGGGCCCAUCUCUCUAGAUCUUGUGAUUAAAACACGAUCUCUCCUCCCACAUUCGUCCGACCGAGACCCUGGUACUCUCGUCGAGCCCCGAUGAUGCAUCCUAACGCAGUGAUGUUGGUCCUUCUGGGGAAAUUGGUGCUGCCCUUCGUCUCGGCGCAAAACGGUAAGAAAGCAGAUGUGACCGUGGCGUGAUUGUAAACAGCGCGGUAAGGGAAAGUGACUUGACUUGUGUGAAGACGCCCGAGCGGAAUGUUUUCCAAGGAGGAUACGGAGUGUGACUGCGUUAAAUCUACUACUACACUUUCAUGCAUCCCGACAACAAGGCCAGAGUUAGACACCAACAAAUCUGAUACAGUCACUGACCGCAGGACCGAACUCUUAUCAGAGAAACCAGCCCAUGUUGUGACAUUAUUGCAAGGUUAUUUACUGUCAAUUGAGCGCACUGUAGGUGUGUCUGUGAGGGGAAUGAGCUGACACUUUCAGGCAAGUCGAGCAUGUUGUCUAAUUAGUUUUCAAAUGGACCUUUAAUGGAAUUAUUGGGCCAAACUAAGCCUAGGACAAACAUGAAAUUAGUUCAUAUUUACAGUAAGUGGUCUACGGUGGCUUUAGGGUGCCAGAGUGCAGUUUGUUUGGCCAAAGGGGGGUUGGGGACAGUGUGUCAAGCAAGACUAACCUGCUCUGCUUGCUGAUCCAGUAACAUACAAUCAACACCAAACACAUGCUUAACGUUUGUCCAGUGUGUGCCGUAAAUACUGUAAACACAAGGCCUUUCUGAAGCACUGUUGCAGAGCCUGUGCACUAACUGUUCUGACAAAGCCCUAUUACAACACAUUUCCUGUCUAACAGCAAUACUGAAAACACAAAUAUCAUCCUGUUAUUUUUCUGAUUUUAAUAUUUGACCCGCAGAUGUCCUUUCUUUCUAAAUAUCAAAACACUGAGUGUGGGGUUUGGCUUAGAGCUGCAGAGAACAGUCAUUUGUUACUUUUAUUUCAAGAGUUCACCGUGCAUUAAUGGUAAAAAAAAAAUAAGCGAACAUGAUGUGGUUUAAGUAAAUGUCAGCAACAUGCUGAUGGGUGUUCGAGGCUGCCCUCCUCUGAAACACCAUAUCCUGACUUCAAAUUCAGUUGAAUCAUGUCACCCAGAGGGACACACAAGUCAGCAGCCAUUCGUGACACUAAAGUGGAACCCUCUUGAAUUUUUGUUCUGUCGUUUUACAACAUAAAUACGAUUUCACUCUUUGCAGCUUCGACAUAACUGGAAGCAUUUAAGGGGGUUUUAAACAAAAGAGCUACUGUCACCUGCCUGUAGUCAUGUUAUUUAGGAGAGCUCAACCUGACACAGCCCUCGUGCCUACAGCUAUCAUCACUGACAUGAUCUAAUCCCCUGUCAGUGAAUAAUAAAACAGAGAAUUACUCGGCACACUUAUAAUCAUGAUGCUUAAUGUCCACCUCCUCUUCUCUGUGGGAUAAUUAGACACCCACCAUGCAAGACUUUAGACCACAUGUGUUUUGAUGAGGGGAUGAGGAGGAUGUUAAACUCACUCAACCACUCUCAUAUCUUUUAAGGGCUUAUUUAAAAAGAAAUCUUUGAAGUGUUUCUCAUAAUUUAUGCCUCUUCACUUCUAAAUAAGUGAAAUAUACUGGGACAGCUUGAACUAUUUAUGUGCCAUACUGUAACACAAUAUGAAAAAAUAAUUAAAGCGCAGUAAGUGAAAUCUAGAUCAUUUAACAAGACAGCACAAGCGAAACUUACACCUUCUGCGAGCGAGGAGACAAAACAAACCAAAAUACCACAGUAGUUACAUAACCCAAUACUAUUUCUUGAAUUUAUCUCUUGUUCUUUGUUAAUUUUGUCGAGGUGCUUGAAGUGUGUGCGCACACAGCGAGGAAUUCUCUGAUCUUGCUAUUUGGAAAAUCAAAUACCCAAUAAGCCUUCUAUUGUUUGAUAGAGCUCAAGCAAAGGCAUUCCUGACACUUCCUGUGGUCAUGGCCAGUGUUAGCGCCCACUCACUGAGGCCCAGUUCACACUACAGAACCACACACAUACAGACACACACACAUACAGCCAGGGGUCAGUGAAAGACAGACUGGUGGCAGCCAGUCACUUAAAGCUCAUGUGCUUUGGCUGUUUCAUGUAGACAUCCGUAAUUCAUGCUAAUCCACAGACAGCCUACAUUCAUUACAGCUUUGAUCAUAGUUACAUGAAGACAGAGUCAGGUUUUCACGAUUCUGUGUAUUUCCUGAUGUAUAGUCAUGUUGCACGCUCCCAAAAGCCAUUUCAUCUCGCUCACAGUUCAGAUUAAGGGUAAUCGGUGCAUGGCUCCUUAUGCAAUCCUAGAUUUUCCUGUGAUAUUACAGAGUUCAGGCGGCGCUGUGUGCGGAAUAAUAAUUAUAAGUGCAUGAGAUGUAAUCAAUGUAUGUGGGAAGCAGAGGGAAUAUUUGCCUUUUCCCCCCCACGCUUGCAAGAAAGUAGGGCUACUAUAGGUGACCACUUUCUGCGACAGAUAUUCUGAGGACUGUAAAUAGCAUCCGUCCAUUCUGCCUCGUUUCUAUUUUUACCUCCGAGACACAGCACUGAGAACUGUGGCUUUAAGGUCCUUUUGUGAAAGUGAAUUCAUUAACUCUUAAUGGACGGCCUCCUUGUGCACAGCUGCGCAGCCUUCUAAAGGCUCGCUAGGUGGCUGUGUGAACAAUUUAAGCGGGGAGAUGAUGGGAUCUCUAUGCAAAGAAAAUAAAGAGCUGUUGAGAAGGUGGCUGGGGCAGACCUGAGGAAGUGCAUCUCUAUCUUACAUAAUUCCCCCCUACAAAAGCAUGCAGCCUGCUCUUGCUGCCAACUUUGUUGUUGUUGUUUUAUAGCAGCCUGGGUAAAUCAAAGCAGUCAGAUCACGGUAGGACAAUCAUUAGAAAAUUUUGCUGAUUUUACUGUAGAAACGACAGCUUGUAUUUACACGUGUUUUCUUUUGUGUUACCGGUUACAGCACCCGGUUUAACCGUUGCUUAAGAUGAAGAACACAACCGCAAAGAUUGCUUCUUGUCAAGGUUACACAAUUGAAGUAUUAGCACAUGAUGUAGAGCAAGCCUGCCCACACGUAUUGCAAUAUGUACUGCAAUUACAGUAUGGUGUUUUGUCAAUACAGGGCCCUAUAACUCUUCUCCAUUCCACUGGUGCAUUAUCAUCGACAGAGGCCAAUAUUGCAUUUUAUGAUAAGCAGUUACAGCUGCAUACCAUCCGAUCAAUAGGCCUACAUGAUGCUGCAGCAUGUCCAUUAUCAUGUUUCUGUCCAGACUCUGGACAAAGGUUCAUUUGUAAGUCUGGAAAAUAUGCAGUAAGACCCAAGCCAACUCUUACAAUGAGUCAUGCUUCCCUACUGUGAAAUCUGAUACAGAAUGCACUGAUUGGGAGAAACAUGGCACACUAUAAAACACACUGCUGAUAUGCUGUAAACGCUGAUUCACAGCUGCACGGUGAUACAAAUUCACUUUACUGGUGAUUUGUCCAGGGCAAGUUUUGCUGACUGUGCACCGUGUUUUUCUCCUGCUUUACAUUUAUACAGUUACUCUUGGCUACUGCUGGAAAUUCCCCAGCACAGUUUUGUACUCCUGCCAGUUCUGCUGGGGGAAAUCACCUUAAGUGUGUUGCAGAAAUGCAGCUCACAGAUAAAAUACUCAGAGGUUACACUUAGGUAAACCUGUCCUGACUUUUUUUUUUAAUUUUCUUUUUGUGAAAUCAUGUUUUUUUCUAACUUAAACCUCAUGCUAGCAGAUAUUCAUAAGAAAUUAUACAUAAACAAAACUAUAAUUAUAAGUCUGUCAAAGAUUUGUGAAAAGGAGUCAUACAGGAAACAAACAAACAAACUGAGGAGACAAAACGAGAGAUGUCACCUCUAAUUGUAGUUAAGUUGUUAUUUCAAAGAUGAGAAUCAGAGUCCCAUCUUUGAAACAUCUAUCUCUGUGUUUCUUUGAUUGGACUUGAAAUCAUUUGAAUUCCCUUGUUUUGACCCCUGAUAGAGCAAUAGGAAGUACUCCCUAGUCGUGAUUAAAGGAUGGGAUUAAAGCAUUUCUACCCCAGCACAGGGGGUUAUUGAGAUUUAAAUCUCAUUAAACUGUUGCCUCUCCUUUGUGAUCCGAAUAGCAGACUGUAGAAAAACAAGAGAAAAAGAAAGACUGUCGGCCUCAAGUCUCCUUCAACUGAAGAUUCAUUUAGCAUAUAAUAGCUAUACUGUGCACUAUCACUGUGGCAUCAGAUAUUCAGCGAUGUGAUAAGUCAGUGCAUUCAGGGCUAUAUAUCAUCACUGCCUUUCAGACACAAACACGGCAUAUCACAGCUACUGUAUCUCUUCUAAAUCUAAAUUGAAUUGUGAAUAGUAUAUUACAAAACAUACCUUUUGAAUUGUGUUUUAGAUGGUGGGUUACUAAAUCCACUUCUUUACCACAACUGUAAUAUAUACUUGAAAUUUCCUCUUGGAGCGGAUUUCAUUCAUGUAGUUCAUUAAUAAUGACCCAGUAUAAAGCAGUGUGUGUAUUUCAGGUGACUAACAGCUACCAUUUUAGCAGACUCUGAGUACAGGGGUGUAAUUUAGCUUCAGAGUUUGAUUUUGUUUUUAAGCAACAAGACUUGUGAAUGUAUUUUUUCUUUCUUAAACCCUCAAACCUGUUCUGUCCGACAUCAAACAAGAGAAAUAGAAAAAACGCCUGUAAACAAAUAUCACAGCUCAGGAGCUGCAACUCAAUCGUGUAACUAGUACCAGGUGGUUUGUGUAGUACUUGAAAACAAGUGCUGAAAUGAAUAGAAAUCACUGGGUAGAAGAGUGCACCUGAACACAUGGUAUGUAAAAUUGUACAAUUGACAGACUUGGAUGUCAAUGGUAGAAUAUAUGCUAUAUAUGCUACACUAAAAUUUUCAUAAACCAUAUACACAAAAAUUUACAUAUUUUGAAAAAGACAAGUUCAGUGGCUGAAAUAGACACCCUCUGAACAUUGGUGUUCUCACUUAUGCCAGAUUUGACCUUUUCUCGGAGUGCGUGGGUGUGUGCAGACUGUGUUUGAGUGACAUCUCCCUGACACACCUUUGCUAUUUUUGCGACACCAGUUGGGCAGGAAAGGUUACACCUUUAUGAUUGUUUUAGGGAAUCCGCGGUGGGUUACAGUGACGCUUUAUCAUGAAGGCUUUAAAAAAAAAAAUGGUUGGAUGGACUUGUUUAAAGUCGUUGAUUUUUCCACCUGUGUCUGUUAGUGGAUUCAAGUGCAACUAUUUAAUUUAGUUUUGAUAGAUAAAAAAAAGAGUUAAUGCUUUUAUUUUGGUAUGAACGAGGCUGUAUGUUGUAUUUGUCGUAUUUUAACACGAAUGCUACCAUCUAUCAUCAGUGAGUCAAAGAUACAAAAAUAUAAAUAAUCAUCAUGACUAAGAUCCAUUGCGUCACACAAAUGACCUUUUAAAGCAGAUAAGACUGUCAGAGAACCAUACAGGUACAACAAAGAUUCACACUCACACCCACGAACUUUUAAACACACACAUACACACAUGCACACUGUAUAACACAUAACCAGUUCAGUGUCCCCAGGGGGGUUUCCUACUCGCUGCUUUCUCUGUCUGUGUUGUGGGAUGUGGAUGGGGAUCCAGGUUGUAGGAAGGCAGCUGACUCACUCUCAGGCUGCUUGGUGGUGUGUGGCUUGCUGUCAGUCCCCAGGGGAGCUCUCCUCUCUAACUCCAUCAGUGGAGGAUGUAGGCUGUAAUGACUGUGACUUCCAUGCAGCUUGAGACAGAGCUUGUCACAGAAAACUACAGGUUAUUUUGGAUACUAUUGUGCUCGUGUCAUUCGGGAGGAAAGUGAGCUUAAGCGUGUAAGUGAGAAAUGGCACUGUGAAGGACUUCAUUAUUGUGUGUUGAAUAAUAAGUGUAGAUGUUUGACCUCAUUGGCACGAUUGCGCGCAUGUCCUUAAAGGGAAACACCGCUGCUCGCAUAAAAUUGUACAUUUGAGUCCAAUUUAAAUCCAAGAGAGAGCAACCCUUUGUCUCUUCUUGCUGUAAAUAUACUAUUUGUGUCAACUAUCCUGUAAUAUUGCUCUAGAGAUGCCACACUUAGUGAUCAUUUCUUUGCAGUAAGAAAUCUCCACCGUGGCUAGGCCUGUAAGGCUUACAUCAUUAUUAUAAUUUUUUUUACAUUUGUGUUUGUACACAUUUAAGAAAAUAACAUGUUCAAAACUGCCAAAAAGGAGGAUUUUUAGCUCUAAGACGAAUAACAACACAAAGCUACAUGUAACCUUUUCAGUGUGGCAGCUAGAUUUGUAAACAGUAAAAAAAAAAAAAAGAUUUUAGGUGGUGUAAAAUAAGAGCAUUGACCUAAAUUAAAAUUCUGCAGUAUAAGCUUUAAGGAAUACUUUCAUUGACACUUCAUUGGUCAAAUAAUUUUAAAAAAAGCAUUUUUUCAGUCACACAUGGUUUCUGUCACUUCCAGCUUAACAAUUUUCUAUAAUAUAUAAAUGGUGUAUACACAAUCAGGAACAGACUUUGUCACUUGCUCCAAGUAUUCAAAGUGGGACAGCUGGUCUGGCUGCUGUUGCUUGUAGGAAUUACUUUCAGCGCUGCCAGUGUGCCACCACAGAGACUGGCUAUCAAACCUGAAAAUGUGAUGCAGUUUUAAGGGGAAGCUGAUGGCACCCCAGAUAGUCUGACAGAAGCUCCAGACAGCAGAAGGGGACCUCAGACUUGGUUCAAGAGUUAAAUGGGGCAGCAUUAAGCAACUUAUAGCCCUGUAUCAUCCCUGAUCAACAAAUCCAAGUCAAGACAAAUCCUUUUGGUUAUCUAAGGCAGUAGCAAUAACAAACUAGUGUCCAAUUGAGCUUGAAUAAAAAAUACUGACUUUAACUUUUAACCAGUCCCUGUUCAUUGAGCCAGUGACAUCAAGUAGCUACACUCUAUUAACAACUCAAGUUUCUCAUUAAAACUUUAAACUAAAAUGUUCCAUUAACGCCAAAUAAUUCAUUUCAAUUAGCAGCAAGGCUGCCAGAGGCGAAGGAGAGACCAACACUCCUGUUAGACUGCUUAGUAUUCAAUACACUUCUAUAUAUGCCUUCCUCUUAUGCUGUGGUUAACACUUAAACCACUAAGGCCUAACAAGUGGCUUUCUUAUUAAUAGUUUUCUUUUUAUCUUUUUCUCAGACAUGUAAUUAAGUGACACUCCUGAGGAAAGCAGAAGUUUCCGCCGAAACAUGUCAAGAUACGUGAAAAAGAUUACAUGUCUGAGAAAAAGGAAAGAAACUCAAGACAUAAUGAACAUCAUUUAACGAAGUGGCUUUCUGGUAAUGGACAAAAAAAUUCUCUCUGUGACAAAACUUACCCAAAAAGGAAAAUAUAAAAGAACAAAGGAACAAAGAAACUUCAGCUCCAAAGAGGACAAGCAAGAGAAAACACCCCAUUGUGUCUCCUUGUCGUAAAAGUGGCCUAAGAAAAUACUGGUGGACUGUCAAAAUGCAGUCAAAAUAGGAAGCACACACAACAAAAAUGACACGUGUUAUAAGGCAAACUUCUAAAUUUGAUAUAUAUAUAUGUAUUAAAUUUGUGGCAUAUAAUUCAUAAGGAGUGAUGUCUUUAUACAUCUUGUCAAAUGAGACAAUUGGCACGGCAACAAUUGUUUGGUACUCAUAAUGCAGGUACUUUGUUACAUCAGAACUGCCCACAUCUAUUUGCUGCCGUGCUAAACUGUUGUGGGUCUUUAGUGUCAGCACAUAUAUUUACUGCUGUGGAGCUGCUACUACCAGCAGUGUCUCUCUAUUAUUAAGCUAUCUUUAAUAAUAGCUGUCAAUCAUCAUCACACUUUUUAUGUCAUUGUGAGGUCAGCUUAUUAAUUUUAGUUUAGAAAGAAAUGUGUGUAGUAAUUUGAAGUUAUAAUAAAUGUCUUAAUUAAUAUUUGAUAAUAAAUGCCAUAAAUGAGAAUAAGACAAUAGGGAUAAAUAAUGAUAGAUGAAUGAAAUAUCCUGAGUCAGGCUAUGAUUAUUAAACUUAAUAAUAGUGAGAGAAAAUCCUCUAACAUUAACCUACAUUAACUCUGGAGAUAAAUUUGGAUGAAUUUAGGAUUACUCCAAUUAGAGACCAUUUGAAUCAUGAACGCAUGACACAGCAUCAACCUUGUUUAGAGCUCUGGAGGUUUUCAUAUAUAAGUGAGGCUGGCCCUUGUAGAUGAUGGAACAGGUUCAUGGAAGGUCCAGUCUACCGGCGGUUUGAGAGGUUCAGCUCAACAGAGUACAAGAGUCAGCCAAAAGAUGGGCCAGGAGUCAAAGUGCACAGGGCUGAAUGCAAAACCAGCACCUUUAGGAACUUUUUGAUGCUCAUUCUGUGUCACAGCAAAACUCUGGCUCAGAGUUGUGUAACGUUCAGAGGCAACUUUGAAAUAAUGCUGAUAAAUAAGAAAAAUAAGCUCGAUAGCCAAUCAAAGCUACUUCAAAAUGACUUUGUGACAUUAAAGAAAAAUAAGUUACAGACCUAGCCUUGGAUUGUUAUGCAUGCAAAAAUUGUUUAAGUUUCAAAGCUCAAACUUUAAAGAAAAUCAAAAAAACGUGACCUAACAGGUAACUGAAACAAAAGAAAAAUUAAGAGACUAGGCGGGAAAAAUGAGAGGAGUAGAAGAGGGUGAAGAAAAAGCAAGACUGAGAGAAACGAAGAGAGUAAGAUUAAGAGAAAUGAAGAGAAGAAGCAGAGAGUGAGCACCCUGACUUGACUGGUGUUAUGUUAUUCCAAACUGGGAAUGUCUCUGGGGUGUGAGUGAGAGAGUAGAGAGGAGGAGUCACUGGUCUGGGCUACCCAAAGAGUGGGACAACGACUUCAAACAUCCACAUUAGAUCCGCUGAAGUUCCUCUUUCUGUUUGCACUACAAGAACACAGUGACAGGUCUCUCAUCUGAUGAGCGAUGACUAGAUUCUGGCUUCUGGAGACUGAAUGUGGAUCCCCGUCUCCAUGUGGCAGGAAGUCUUAAUGGCCUGAACUUUGGUAUGAAGGGUUUACAUUGUCUGGUCUCUUGAGAUCAAGUGCGAGUCCCCUGGGUAACCUCUCUUGGUUACCUCCCUAUGGCAGGGAGCCUUAAGCAACUGCAAUUUGGUGUUAAGACUUGCAUUGUCUCCUCUUUGGAGACCACAUGUAGAUCUAUCUCCCUUCCAGUGAGGGUUUUGGUCAAAAAAGGGAUCAGAAAGGAUCACCUUGCUACGUGAAACAGAUUCUCUUACACUAUUGUCCAGAUGACGACAUUUCCCCUUUCACAGCCUGUUCAAGAAGGAACUGCAGUGGUUCUGUUUUGCCUUGCCAGUCUUUGUAAAAAGUAGUGUGCGGGAAGUUGCAUCAAAGUGCAACAGAGAUAUGACAGAGGUAAAAGGAUGUCUACCUAAAUGUCAGAGUCCACAGGAUAGAAAAGUGAUGCACGAACUCUAUAAAACGGAGUAAAAUCCGUCCCAGUUUGAUUCAGAGUCUGAGUACAAAGGUGGCAUAACAGCAAAGCUUGGUGACAGUGCUCUGUAAUGCUGGGUUAUGAUUCUGUUGACAAAGGUGAGAUAUCCCCUGAAUGAUGUCAAUGUGAAUAUCCAUAGAAAGUUGUCACAGUGUGUGCCAAGAAAUGCACAAAAAUAAGCUGCAGCCGUGCCUGAGCUGUGCUGAACUUAAAUGAUCUCUUUUUUGCUACCAGGCUGAUGAGAUCUGUCCACCAUCCACGCUUGUCUCUUUGUCACUUCUCUCCUAGUGUGCCUUUGAAAUGAAUGAGAACAGGCUGUCCGCUUUGUGUUUUUCCACUCCUAGUGUAAGCUCCCUGUUUCAGCAAUACACAAUUUGGUGUGCUCAUCGGCUGAGAAUUGACUGUAGCCUGUUCUGUGCGUGUUUCUUCACAGAGCCUCACUGUGUGAAUAUAAAUGAAGUCAUUGGUUCCUUUUUUGUUUAAUUUGCCUUCACCUUGGAGGACACUCAUUAUAGUGUUAAGGCAGAUACUAUAUUGUGAUUAUGAGAACUUAUGCAUGGUUGACCAUAAUCAUUUGUGCCAAGUAAAGAGCCUUUUUUUCUGCCCUCAUACUCAUAACCACAGUAAGGAAUGCCAUUGUAAAUGCUCUGUCAGAAUGAAGAACUGCUAUAACAGUGUAGGCGGAUAGGCCUGGAUUCACCCUCUGGGAUUAUGGUGAGCUUGAUGGGCCCAGAUGUUUCCAGAGAAAAGAAACAAAUGCUAAUUACUCUGCAUAUCUCUAGGCGUAGCACAUAGAAACACAAGUUGUGAGCGGCAAAUGUCCUCAGUCACAUCUCCUUGCAGGAACGCUGCUAUUUUUAUUAAUUCAUUUUUUGCUAGAUUCUGUUCACAAUCAUUUGCUCCCAUCGUCUCAUUUGUUUUCAUAUGGCCAUGAGUCACAAACGAGUCGGAAAACAGACUUGUUACCAUGGUAGUGACUGAAAUUUAUGUAUUGUUAAGUUUGGAAUAUUUUGGCUGUACUUUGACUGCCAGUUUGAGUCAGGGGAACAGCAGAUAGUGUUCUUGGGCACUGUAGAGUUAUAGAAAACCAUGUGAACCCCAUCCAUUUGUGUCUGUAUGUUUAACACUCAAUAAAAUUCUUAAAAUGACAAGUACCUAGCUUAUUGUGAAGAUUAUCUGAAUAGCAUGGAUGUUUACUCUUCUUCCUCGGGCUUUCAAAGGCUUAUCUGUUCAUGUGCUUACAAUACAUCACUUUCAACAGGGCAGACAGAUCUGAAAGAGGCUGUAAGCUGUUGUAUUUAGACACAACACACAGCCUAACACUCAGGAGACCACAGGCUCUUUGUUCCCAUUUCCUCCACAACAUUUCAGGGCAGAGUUAAGGGCAGUUUUUUUCCCCCUAAUUUAUUUAAGCUCAUGUGGUUUACAGCUGACGGGCUGCAGGGGCGGCAGAGAACAGUGUCUGUGGUCCAGGUGAUUUGUCAUUAGUCAAGGUUCAUUAGGGCUGACAGUGCAUUGUUGGGCUAACUACUGAUGUGAAGCAAGGACAUGAAUAAGACAAAUACACAGCACGCUACAUUUGAAGUUGUGGUAGUAAUGCACAUGGAUCUUAUUUUAUUAUAAAUUCAACUACAUCCAGGAAUGUUUCCUUUUUAAUAAGGCAAUAAAACAUUCAGAAAAAUGUUGGCCAUUAGUCCAGUGGUACAAGAUUGAAUACAAGUCGUACGAUAUAAUGGAAAUAUGUGUGCAUGUUCAGGCUCUGGAUUUUUUUAGGGAAUCAAAAAUUAAUCACGAGUGUUUCUAAAAUGAUAGUUAUUCAGUGUUUAUUGAAAGCUUGUUUUGACUGUACUGUCACACUACAACCACAGGAGAAUUGAGAAAACCAGCUCUCCAGGUCUGGCUUAUCAUAAAUGACAGCUGGCUGACCUAAUUUCAGGCUCCACCAGCAAGAGCUGAUAUAGAUGAAGAGAUUAGGUUUAAACAUACAAGCAUACAGGUAUCAUACGCUAUCAUACGUUGUCAACCAUAUUCAUUUUUGUUCCGCCAAAACUUGUCUAAUCACAACACAGAACAUGGACUUUAAAAACCAGCUUGUGCCUUCUCUUGUUGUAUGUUUUGGAUAUCAGUAUUAUUUUAUUUGCUACUCUUUCAUGAAUCAGGGGGACUGGUGCAAAGCUGUGGAUUGACUGCACAGGUUUGCUUCAGGAUCCCCAGUUCAGUGCCAUGCAGGUUAUGUGAAACAGUCACUCUGAAUUGCCUGUAGGUGUGAAUUUGAGGGUUGAUUUCCUUCUGUUUGUUAGCCCUGUGACAGACGGGUGUCCAGGGUGUACCCUGCAUUCUAGCCCUAGUGUGUGCUGGGACAGGCUCCAGAUACCUGUAACACUAUCAGGGCAAGAACAUUUACAUAAUAGGUCAAUGUAUUACAGAAAAGUAAUAGAGCAAAUCGAGAAAUGUAUGUUUAUUUCCUAUAGAUGUGAUAUUAUAUUUACAGGAUGUGCCAAAUUUGUAGAAUUUCCAAAAAAAAACUAACGGUAAUCAGAAUCUGUUGAUGGGCGACUCUCACUCUCAUUGAUAAGACUGUCUUCCAGCUCUGGCAUUGGUAAAUAACCUUGCAGUUUUUUUUGACUGAUGGUGCUCACUUUGCCGAGGAAUCCACAUUUUUGUACCUUUUUAAUUCCAUAGGGUUUAAUGACGCAUAAGUGACAUUCAUUUCUCUGACCGCAAUGUGUCAGGGUGACUUCAGCUCAAGAGGAGCAUUUCCAAAUCACUGAUUUUGACAAACAUGCCAUGAUUUUCUGUGCAGUGUUCUUAAUCAUGACUGACAAAUGUGGUUUUCAUAUGAACAGGGUCAAGUAUGUGUGCUGCCACUGAUUGUGGAUGUUGAGUGGGUGUAAAAUAGCAAGUGUGAUUGUUCACCUACUUGACAGGGCUCUUUCAUAAAUAAACCUUUAAGAAAACUGAUUGGACUCAGUGAGAAUGGGCAAAGACUUCCCCGCUCCCUAAAUAGUUCAUGUUUCAUGGAAUUCUUUACAAAGAUGUGAUUUAUGUGAGCUGAAUUCCCUGUGCUGUCAAAGAUGUUCAUUAUUUUACCAGAGCAUUAGGAUGAUACACUUUCAGUCAAAGCUUGCGAGCUUGUCAUCUAGGGUUAAAUGUGGGAAAGAAAGAGACAAACAACUCAGGACUGGUUGACCAUGACUGUGACUGACAGCUUCAUGCCUCUGCUGGGCCAAGGAUCUCUAACAUUCAAUGAAUAAUCAUUAACCUUUUUCCACCAAUCAGUGGUUUAAGGGCUUGCUUCUUUUCUUUUGCCUUUAAUCACCCUCUUUUUGUCUCUAUGUACACUGAUCUUAAUUUAUUUCCUUCUCCAUCCUUGGGCCUUUCCACACUUUUCUGCUGCUCUAACCCUCCUUUACCCUUUCCUCCCCUGCCAUCCCGACACACUUUUCCUCUCCAGCUGGGUUUGUGAAGUCGCCCAUGUCCGAGACUAAGCUCACGGGGGACACCUUUGAGCUGUACUGCGACGUGGUCGGUAACCCCACCCCAGAGAUCCAAUGGUGGUAUGCCGAGAUCAACCGAGCUGACUCCUUCAAGCAGCUGUGGGACGGAGCCCGCAAGCGCCGGGUAUCUAUCAACACCGCCUACGGCACCAAUGGGGUUAGUGUGCUCGGCAUCACGCGUCUCACACUAGAGGACUCUGGGACCUAUGAGUGUCGGGCGAGCAACGACCCAAGGCGCAAUGACCUCCGACAAAACCCCGCCAUCACCUGGAUCCGCGCCCAGGCAACCAUUUCGGUGCUACAGAGUGAGUGGUCUAUGUCCCGUAGUACCUAGAUGGUGAACGAACUUUAAAUCCUUGUUCCAACCACUCCAGCCUGUAUAAACCUCUCAGCAACCCACCCUCACUACAGCAAGCACUGGCCUGGCAAAAAUAAAACACCUUUCAAACACCAUGCUAACAAAUAUUCUCAUAGAGGAAUAUUUGAAGAAAUAUUCUAUUUAACAAAUUAUUUAUGCAAGUGGUUGCUUUUUUUGUUUUGUUUAAGUCUUCCUGUCUCUUCCAAAAUCCCUCCAGCAUCCUGUCAUUAAUGACCACAAACCCAGGAAUGUUCAAGUCUCUAUCUAUGUUUCCCUCUUUCUGCCCACGUCACACUAACUGGCUCAAUUCUGAUCAUUGUCUUUUUUCUCUGUAUCUUAAUUUCACCCAUUUCCUGUUCUUUGAUUUAUGUGUGAUACUAAGUCCCUAUGUUAUCUCUUGCAUUGCGUGAGUUGUUUUAUUUACUUCAAAGCCUUGCUUGCUCUAAAAGUCAGUGGAAACCCAGUGGUGCUUUGAAGUAAUAUUGCUUUUGAUUUGGCUUUCUAACUGGGCACAGGGUAAAUGGGACUGUUAGAAGACACAAGGAGGGAUCUGUAAGAUGUGAAAGAGUGAUUCCUGCUGCCAGCUCCAUUCUGAUAAAAGCAAAUAUUUUCCGCUUUCAAAAUUUGCGUGUGGUAAUCCAGUAAAGGAGAAGACCACUUGAGGGCCAUGAGUGCCUCAUUUCAGGUGCAGAUGAGACACAGAAAUCACUUAUUUGAAAUAGUCUCCAUAGACAUGCCUUUGCACUGUGUAACCUUGUGCCUUCUCAGCCAUUCAGCGCGUGAGUGUGAAUCAGUAAUGACAUUAUAUCUCCCAACCCUCUGCUCUAUGCACACAAACAUUCAAACAAACUGAAUUUCAGCUGGACCCUUGUAAUCUAUACAUGCUUCAGUGCUCUGCCCACUGAAGCACAGGGUGAUGUGGAAUGUUGUUAGUCAUAGUAAGGCUCUCUGAGAAGCUUAGAGGAGCUAGAUCCUUUCUGGCUCCUGUGAUUGGACUGACAAAUUUUCAUUUCUGUGCAAGCAUUACAUGGUUUCAUGUUUAUCUAUUAUGAGAAGUGCCUGCUCCGCUUCCACAGUGCAGAGAAUCAAACCUGUAAAAUAUAUUCUGUCAUUACUGAAGAGUCAAAUGUUCUUCCAUAUACAUGUAAUACUCAAGUUCCUACAUGUAUAUGAGGGGCUAUUCAAAAAAGCUAGGUUUUAUGAAUGCUCAGUUUGUUGCCGAGGAGAGUCUGAAUAUUUUGUUUUGGCCUUUUGCUUCAUUUAGUUUUUGGAUGUGAACUGCUCAAAGUGAAUAUCCAAGUAUAAAUAUAUCAGUGAGUAAUAUGAAAGAAAAUGACCUUCCUAUUUCAGUGUUUUUAUAGAUACAGAAAGUCAAAUCUAAAGUGGAAUUCCCUCCUAACAAAGUGAAAACAAAGCAUGCAUGUGUGAGAACAUUGAGCUGCCUUUCAAACGUGUACUUUCUGCAUGUGCUUCAAGUGAAAUGCAAUUCAUGUCUUAAAUUUAAGUGAGACACAUUAAUUUCGAAAGGCUUGUUCUUCUCUUUUUGUUAAUAAUUAGUUGAAUGUGGUUAAUAUACUGUAACGGUAAGUAUGACAGCUGACCGGUUAGCUUAGCAUAAAGACUGGAAUCACAUCCUAGCUCUGUCUAUUAGGCACCUAUCAAACUCAUUAACUGACAAGUCACAGCUUGUCUACUUGACCCUUUUGGAAGGGGUAUGUGUGAGACUGUUUCUUUCCCUGGAGCAGUGAGUCCCCAAAGCCGUGUUGGCUGUUAUUACUUAUUCUAAGUCUUUAUGCUAAGUUUAACUUUUGUGCUGCUGACUGCGGAGUCAAAUUUAUAGCUCACAAAUGAGAGUGUUAUUGAUCAAAUCCAAACUCGAGCAAGAAAAACAAAUUUGCAUAAUUAUCAAAGUGUUGCACGGUUCGUUUUACGAGGAACAGCAGCUGCAGCUAUGUACAAUUAAUCUCACUCAAAUUAGAGUUCAAUUAUUAAAAGGCCUACACGCUAGAAAAAUCCAAAGUCUGGAGAAGAACUUGUGUCCUUGUUCAUUUAUGCAUAAAAAUAUGGCCACAGCACCCUUAAUGCAUCUCCUUUUGAUAUGAGUUUUCAAAGCUCACGAGUUUUCACAAAGGUGUACUCUAUUCAGCUGUAAAAGGAGUCUCUCAAUGUAACCAAACAUAAAAGCCGACAUCAAAGUAGUAAAUCAUGCUUUACGAGUGGUUUCCAAGGUGUCCUUGUGGAUUAUAUUCUAAUUUACCUCACAUGAAACAAACGUUGGAAUUCAUUCAGGCUCACAUGAAUAAGAGUAACACAAACACAGCUGCUUUCUUUAAACAAACAUAACCCGCAACUUAUUUGAGUCCUUAUUCGACCAAUGAUUGCCAAGUGUUUUUUCAGAAAUACAUAUAUGUAUUUGUAGUUGUUGGUCAAGUGUUUUCCGUGUUCAAAAUAGUAAAUCCAUUUAGAGAUGAGUGAAAUUUUAAACUAUUUAGUUUUUAGUCUAUGCUCAGGAGAAACUGUUUUCCAUUCUCCAGCACAGUUUUAGAGACAUAGCUCUGGUGCUGCACCUUUUUUAUUAUAAUUUGCCUCAAUAUCUUGAUCUGAGGUCUGCCUUGCUGUCAACAUUAAUAUAAUUCUCCCCUGAAUAAAAACCAUGCCAAGUUGGUUACUAUGUCUCAGCGACUUAGCUUAAUUGAUUUAAUACAUCUUGGCAAAAUGAAGCAGCAUGCAGCUCAACAAAAACAAAACUGGCACUCUAAUAAGUACCAGAUUAUAUAAAGAUGAAAAAAAAACGUAUUUGUGCUUAAUAAAAUACAUCCUUUGACAAGAUAAUCUGACAGAUAAUUGGAUACAAUAUCAAUCUUAACCACAGUAUUAUGUAAGAGCACCAGCAGUAGGAAAGAGAGGAUAAGGUUUAAUUUCAUUUUGAGGCAUUUAUGACAGUUUUAUAUUUGGUUUCACUCUGAGACAGUGAUACAUUAUUCAGCUGUGACCAUAUUCUAAGUUAUGACAAGAUGUCCUACAAAUAACCUUCUGGUUAAAUUGCCCAUGGACCACUGUGCCAUGUUUGCUAAAUGUUAAUUUAUGUACCUCAUGUUGUGUGGGUAUGCAUGUCUCAAAGAUACUAUUAAUAGUACAUGUAGUUCUGCUUGGUGGGGGAGAGACAAAGAUGUUAGGGGGGGAGGGGAGAGAUAUCCCUUUAGCUAUUGAGAAUACAAAAUUGUGAGCAGAAGGUGCCGCCAAUGCUAAAAAGUCCCAUCCAUUGCAGUAGCCGUGCUUUCCCCUCUCCUCCCUUUUGCUUUCCUAGUGGCCUUGUAGCAGCCAGUAGUAGGAUUAUGAUGCGUCUCCUCACUGCUCCUCCCCUCAGGGGCUCUAUCGUUGCCAUGGUUGGCCCGCCCUGGAGGAGGAGGAGAAGGAGAGGGGGGCAGGGCAGAGAGGCCUUCCUGCUCACAACUCGAGGCAGAGCAAAGGGCUCCUCACUCUCAGAUGACACCUCCUGCUUGCCCAAACGUCCUUGAAAAACGGACCUUGGUGUUGUGUAGUAACAAGAGGAUUUAGCAUUUUAGCGGGCGAAGUGAUUCAGGUAGUCACUCGGCAGUAAAAUAAAAUGUCAAAAGACUGCUCGGUGCCAUAUAAAUCAUCAGCACAGGUCCAUAAGUGUAUGGCUUUUUUACUUCAAUAUUCUGAUGACAUUUACAAGCGAGCUUAGACGUUAGAGAGCCCAUCCAUUUUCCUGUUACAGCGAAACAUCAAAAUAACCAAUGUAAUCAUCUAGAGUUUAUCUUCUGUCAAAUACCUUUGUGAACACUGUGUGACAGUGCAUUAGGAGUAUGAAAAUAUCCAAAAGUACCAUUACUCUGUGCAGUAUAUCAUUGAUUGAUAGAGGUUUUACUUGCUCUCUUAAUACUAAUAAAAUCUCUAAGUGUACUUAUAUUCAUUACAAAAAAAAAGACAUUUAUCCGCUGAGUUUCAUUCAGUAAGUGAUUGAGGUCAUUCAAUUCCCCCGUUUCACUUUUAAGACAAACGGCUGAUUUACAGCAUUCCAGCUGUCUACUGUACUUAAUGUGCCUUUUUAUCUGUUUCUUGUGUUCAUUCCUGUCUUCCCAAACACCCUCCCACACAGAUCGUAUAAAACAGCAUACAGCACAUAGCUUUUACAACUAAGGAGGAGGCAUUUAAACAUGACUGAGCCCCUGUUCUGUGAUAAGGUUUGACUGUCUCUGUCUUCCAGAACCAAAGAUCAAUGCCUCUGAUCAGGUCAUCCUGUCAGCGGACAGCUCUAGCAAACCAGUUAUCCUGCAGUGUAACCUCACCACUGCUCACACCCCGCACGAGGAAAGCUUCUGGAUGAAGAAUGGUCAGGAGAUCCCCAACACACGGACAGACCAUAGGCUUACGAUAUACAGGUGAGAAACAGCAUCGUCCCUUUAUGUUUGGUUGGACAUACUAUGGGACAGAGGUCAAUGCAGAACAAAGGUGGAGACUGAAAGAAAAUUUAGCUCAACUUAAUCCACGAUUUUCAACAAAAUUUCAGAGUUUGAAUGUUAGGCAUUUUGCUUAAAGCUCCUGUCAGGAGGUUUUCCAUGUUUAUGCAAAAGACAGAAAUAAUGCUAUGUAAGGUGUAGAAUCAAGCCACUGUUGAAUUUGUUAAAACUUUCUCCCCUUUUUCAAGGUUUAGACAGUAUAUAGCAGGGGUGGGACAAAAUAUCAACAAGAAAAUAUGCUGCCGUUCUGACUAAAUUACUCUGGUACCAAAUAUCCACUGUAGGGCUGGGCGAUAUGGGAAAAAGUUUAUCACAAUAUACUUUUUUUUUUCAUAUCAGUUGAUAUCGAUAUAUAUCAAAAUAUAAAAAAAUGAAAUUUAACAGUGCUUAUUGGUAGCAUGUCUUUUGCAAUACAAUAAGCUACUGCAUCUGUGAGGUCUUUGUGUCUCUUCGACGUUUUGUUGUAAGGCGUUGUGCUACAGAAAGCGGACUGAAUGGUCAGCUGAUUUUGCUGCACAGGGUGCACAGGCGCGAGUGGCUUCUCGCUCGGCUCAGGGUUUGUAACUUUUUGCAUUGCGCAUGCUCUGCUGCAUGGCACUGCUUCAGGUGGUGAAAAAGAUUUGAGGUAUUCCCCAAAUUUGCAAGAACAUGUACUCGACAUAAUUUGCAGUGCGCUUUACUCUGCUUCAUGUCCGACUUAAAAAACAAAAAACCUCCGCACCAAUGACAUUUUCGUGCCAGUGUUGUCGACUAUGUCGUCAUCUGUUGGGCCUUCAUCUACAUGUCUGACGGGGGUAGCACUCAUUUUCUUUUUUUUCUCAUUGACAGUGCUGUCAGCUUCACGUGUUAAAGUGCUAUGGUUGCGUGUUAAAGUGCUAUGGUUGUGUGUAGCUGCAGUCUGCUACUACACAGUUGUUUGCUACUCGAAUUCAGCACAUAAUUGGUUCAACCCAAGCAACUCCCCUUUUCAUUGGGUAUUCAUAUAGUUUACCAAAAAAUGGCAGAAUGCCGACUAUUGAAAAGCAUACUGACCAUGUAUAAUUGAUAUUGAGGGAAAUAUAUAAUCUUAUCGUUUUAUCGCCCAGCCCUAAUCCACAGUAUAUUGUAACCUAAAAAAUAGACAGAUCUCCCUUGCAAUUUGACUCGAUGCUCUUGAUGGAGACUUUAAUGACACAAAUCUUGCUGCUAUUUGAGACAGUUAAUUUUUUUUAUUUAUUAGAUAUGUUGUUUAAUCAUGUAAUUGUCUUGCUUUUGAUCAAGUAUUGCAGUACAGCUGUAUCGUGUAGUAUAGCAGGAGUUAAUCUGUGAUUUCCACACCUAAUCAUUAAAUAUUUGUGAUGCAGGACUGUCAUAUGAUAAUGCUGAAUUUGCUUUUUAUUUUAAAAAUCUCCUGACUACCUCUGAUUGAGGUUUAUGCUGAGGUUUCCAAAACUUGAUACUGCACCUCACUGCCCAUAGCUAAGAAUAGAAAUACACCUAUGUACCCAAUUAGAAAAAGAAUGGCCAUAGCCUUAGGUAUCAACUAGUCGUUAGUUCCUGCUGUCACAUAGCAUAACCAUUGAAGCACAAAGUUACUGUCACCCCCGUAGACAUACCACAGACUCUCCCUAGCCACAAGAUAAGACCAAUUGGUCACUUCCUUGUCACAUUACAUCAGUGAUACUCUGAAGAUUACAGCUAAAAUGCCUGUGGUGCCCUUUCCUGCAGAAUUCAGAGCUGCUGUUCUGUAAUAUAACAGCAUUAUGCCAGCGUUUUGUCUCCCAUGGCCUUGCACGCCCCUCAAGCUUUCACUGCUGUAGUCGAAAGUAAUUACUAGAGCUAAACUGAAAUUAGUUGACUUUAUUUACAUGCCUACUUCCAACGUAAGUGUCUGGUAAAUUGAAGUUUUGGAGUAAGUUAAUGUUUAUUGUGUUUUCUUUUAGAAUCACUAAACCACGAGCAGAUGACUCUGGGGAAUACAUGUGCGUUUACACGUUUAGCAUGGCACCGAAUGCAAAUGCAACAAUCGAAGUAAAAGGUAAGUUUCAUUUAUAAAGUUGUUACAACUUAACACUUCUUACUGAAGUGACACAAAUGCCCUUGUAUAUACUUCUUCAUAUUUACUUCAUUGAACAAAGUCACAGCCUUGAUUUGAGAUUAAAUGUCAUCUGCGGUUUCCUCUUAAGAGCUGGAGGCAUAAAGGUAUCUUAGAAAAGUUAGCUACCCAAAGCUGUGUGAAGCGAGUCCUUGUUGACAAAGAUCAUCCAGUGCAGCGGUGAUGACAGGGCAAUCCGGAGGCUGUUGUCACUCUUGGCUCUUACUGAGACAACAGUCUAAUAAAAUAGACAGUCACUGCACAUGUUCAACAAAACGUGCACAAACACAAAGCUCACUAGGAGGCAUCCUCGGGAACCCCUGUCAAACUUUGAUAAAACUGAUGAUUUGAAGCUCUGCAUUACUUCUAAAUUUCAUAAAAUAUGUAUCACGGUCAAAGUAGAGAAAGUUAGCAGGGAGAGUUCAUGAGUAAAAAAACUGACUGGAUAAACACUGUGCUGGUUUCAUUCAAGCUGACAGGGAAGGCAUCUACUUGAAUAAGGAAUCUUCUCUGACAAAGGGCAAGUGAAACCCUGUUCAAGAGAAGCUUGCCCGUUUGUAGUGCUUAAGCCAAUUUGCUGUGGCAUGGCUGCGGUGCAUACUGAGCAUGCCCUGCCUCUUAUUUCCUGGCUGUCUUAAAGCACUGCCUGAUUGCAUAACACGGGUGAUGACCGUGUGUGCAAUGCUUUGACUGGAUUGUGAGAUGAUGGGACUCGUCGCUAUUCAAACUGAAGUGUCUUAGCCAUCACUAGUCUGCAGGCCUGUGACUGUUGAGGCUCGCUAUCUGUCCCCUGGAGAGAGGAGUCAGUCUUUUUCUGAUGAUGCAUGAUUUUGUCCUUUAAAAGAGCCACAGAUCAUAUAACUACAAAAAUUGUAACAACAGAAUGUUUGACAUUAAAUGUGGGAACCACUGUUGGACCUAAACUUAACAUUUUCCUCAGUUCCUAAAAGCUUUUGUGAUUUUCUAGAGGUGUUUGAGAUCUUUUGUGACCCAGGUAGCAAGCCCACUGUUUUGCUAGCCAGCUUUGCAAUGCGCUUCUGGCAGCAGUUCACUGAGAUCCCUCGCCUACAGUGUCCUUGGCACACUCAUCCUUGCAGGACUCAGCUCAGAGGCAACAGAUGGAGGGUUCUGUGAUGUUGUAGGAUUAAGGCUCUGAAUCCAGUCCCCGCCAUCUCUGUGGCAGGCAGUGGACUUUAUUGUCUGUGAUACUAAGCUUACCACAGAUACAUAUUUAGUGCCUCAUAUUUCAUUUCUUGAAGAAAGUGUCUGAAUAUGCGUAUUACUAGUUUCUUAUUUUCCUUGAGAAAACUGUUUUCACUCAAGUUUGUAAGAUUAAAAAAGAUCAAAAUCCUCACAUGUGGCUAUACACAGGACAGACGGCAUUUAGAGUGCCUUUUACAUCUCAUGUCAUCUUAACCAGGUCUCUGGUAGUCUUCCUGGCAGCUUCGACCUUGCUUUUUCCUCUCACACAUUUCUCUCACAUUCAUGUGUCACGUCACCUCUGUCUAGCGCAGUCAGAUUAGUGAUCAUUGUAAGCAUAGUUGGGGGUGUGAAAUGGAGGUUUCAGUCUGUUUUAGCACCACUCUGAGGGCUGUCUCUGCGCUGUCACUCACUGACAUAAUACAGUCACGAUAAGCACAAAUGAGCUUGGCCACACCCCCGCUCAGAGAGCACGUGUGCACCAUAAUUAGAGCAGGGUGAUGUCACCAAGAGAGCUCAGACCCCUCCUGCUCCAUUAUCCAUGUGCAGCUGAAAAAAAAAAUGCUCACUCCAGGCUUCUACCUUAUCCUGUUUAAUUGCAUGGAAAGAAUUAUUGUAAUUUUAGGGAUUAGUGGAAAAGAAGGAGCAGAUAUCUUCUUGAUGCUGUGCACAGCAACAUGGCGUGUCUGCUUAACCUUUGGGGGAGACUUCGCUCAAUUAAUGCAUCAGUUUGACUUGGCAUUGGUUGCAGUGCUUCUUGGCAUAUGCCUAAAUUUAUUAAAUUCAAUACCUUUUUUUUAUUAGUCAGGGUCAAUUCUCAUUGCUCCUAUUUUGUGGAAUUCGCUGUGGAAUCAUUUUGAAUGGGAACAUCUGGAAGCUCAUAUUACAUACUGAUCCCCCCUCUUUCAUGACCUCAUUAUGUAUUGUACUGAAAUGCUUUAUCUCUUCCACAGUAUAAGUCCUUUUCUGCUGGGUCUGAUGGUUGAUGGGGGAGGGGAGAGGCAUGCAAAAAAAAAAACUACAAAGCCAAAAAAGAGCUUUUUUUAAAGAACAAUGUUCCACUAGUCCACCCCUUCAUUUGGGCAUCUUUUGUUCAGACAUGGUGAAGAGCUGCAUUGGAUUAUAAUGUCUCUAAUCUCAGCCAGACAGGAAUCUACUAUAAAUCUCAUCACGUAGAGAGAAGCCUCUUUAUUUGAAAACAUUACAAAGUUAAAGCCCCAUAAAGUUUUGACAGCGCACCAAGGUUGAAGAAUUUCUGGAGCGGUAGUUUGAGAGAAAAUUGCACAAAAUAAUAAAUAUAACAGAAAAACCCUUUAAUACAAGCUAAAGCUGCCAUCUGUUGUGUUUAGCUUUUAUGAAAUAAGAAUUGGAAAGGGAAACUUGAGAAGACUGUGAAGUAAGAGAGGAGUUAGACUGAAAAUGUAUUAUAUUUGAUACAAAACAAAUCCAGUGAGCUUUAUGCAAGACACUAAAUAGAAUACUGAUGCCACUGAAACCAUAUGACGCAUUGUGAUGCAUUUGAAUGUGGAAACUAUCUGAAAAGAGCUUGUUAAGUAAGUUUUUUCUCCAAGUGAUGGGAAAUUCAAAAGGGAACUAAGCAGCUUUAGCAAAUCAACCCCUCUAUGGAGGAUCUUUAAUUACACUGCUCUCACAGACAUCUGAAUAACACGUACUAUUACUAUAGUCAGAACAGCCAAUCAUGCUUCCCUCCUUCAUGCCAUCUGUUAGGAGUUACAACGGCCCUUUGUGUGUCCUACUUCUGCCAACGCAGCUAAUGAUCAACUUUAUCUGUUUAUUUCACCUGUCCAGCAAAGCCAGACAUCAUUGGUCACAAACGGAGUGAAAAUAAAAACGAGGGAGAAGAUGCAAUGAUGUACUGCAAGUCUGUUGGUUACCCGCAUCCCACCUGGACAUGGCGUAAAGUCGACGGCACAUCUUAUACGGUAGGAUGAAAUGUGUAUGGUUUAUAAAUAAGAACCCAAUUGAGAGACGGAGCGAGAUUGAGAGAUCAUGCUAUACGCCUCCUUCAAAUUAUGUAGCUUCAGUGUGUUUUCACUGUCAUUAACUUUUCAAAUUCGUCAAUGUGUUUCAGGACAUCGACAACUCCACUGGGCGCUUUUUCAUCACCAGCAGAGACAACUACACAGAGCUUAACAUAAUAAACCUGGAUUUAAAAACAGACCCUGGAGUAUACCAAUGCAAUGCCAGCAACGUGAUCGGAAACACUGCAGAGACCACUAUCCUGCGGGUGCGCAGCAAUCUUGCACCACUUUGGCCUUUCCUGGGUGUGCUUGCAGAAAUUCUAAUCCUAGUAGUCAUCAUCGUUGUGUACGAGAAGCGCAAGAAGCCAGACGACUUCAUCGAUGGUAAGCAAACAUUUGGUCUGUCACUAUGAACUUUUAAACAAGUAUGAGAUUUGGCUUUUAGUAUUUUCCCUUCAGUUUUGAACCUUUUCAGGCAUUGCUGUUUUUGUCCAAGUGUUGCAGUAUUUUAAACAGCUAACCAGUUUGUGUGCUCUUCUAAUGACGAUGUUAACAGGGGCAUUUGUGUCUUUGUUGGGUGAGAAGUUCAUAAACUUGUGAGGGUUAUCAUCCUGCAGCCUGUCGCCGAUAACUUGAUUAGUUACUAUUCUUUUCCCUCCUCCUUCUUUCCUUAUGGCAACAUAAUCUUAACGGGUGGUAAGUGAGAGAUCCUGCAUGAUUUUGGAGAUUGUUUUACUUUUUGUCAGUUUGUAUGUUUCCACAAGCCAUCCAGAAACAUUUUGACCCUUACCAAAGUAUUAACCGUGUAAACUGAGUUCAUUUAAUUAAAGGAAAAACCUAUUUUUGAUAAUUUUCUCUUCCAUUACCUUGAUCCAUAAUGUUCAACAUGUUGUCACAGGUGGUAUGUUUGAUUCAAGUUUUUUUUUUUUAACUGAUCCAAAGAAAAAGAGUCUUUAGAUAUGUUGGCAGGAUGGUAAGCAAAACAUAUGUCUCAUAUUUUCAUAUAUCUCAGUCCAAACCACCAGCAUAAUUUUACACUUAAUUGGGGUAAACAACCCUUGCUUAAAAAAUACUGUUUCCUCAGUAAGCUGAAAUAUAAUUCAAAAUUAGGGCCAUUGCAAUUUACCUGUAUGGACGAUAACUGUGUUGUAGAUGACUCUACAAUUACAUAUUAUAACAUAAGAAAUUAUGCACUACUGCUGCAAACCAACUACCCCAACUGUUCCCGUUUCAGAGCCAGUUAGUCAAGAGGGCAGACUCCAUAUAUGGGAAAGUACUGGAUUUGAGCUUCUCUGGUGUGAGGCUGAUACAAUACACAUCUCAAAACAUUGUCAACUGGAUGCAUUAGAAAUAUAGCUUCAACUACUGAUACCAUACAAUUCGAUUCAAACCCUAAUUAGGAUGUAGUGCAAUUCAACUCAAUCUUUUCAAAAACUGGCCAUUUUUCUCAAGUUCUUCAUGAGUUUGAUACAUAGGGGUGUGCCAUAUCAUACCCAGUAUGGUAUACAGGUGUACAUUUUGUUGGCGAUAUAAAUUUGUCAUAUUGCGGUAUUUACACGGUAGGGACGUGAUGACGUAUGACGUUCCCUACUGCAUACAUAACAACGUCAGAGAGCGAGAGCAGCACAGCAGUGUCAACUUAGUCCUCAAAUGAGGAUCUAGUGCCCAAAAAGGGAGCUACCCCUGUGGUGUGGAUGUGGUUUGGCUAACACAGCUAAUAAUUUUUACCACCUAAAGCUAAAACACACGGCCAAAUAUCAGCAGGCUUUGAAGGCAUGAAAUGAGGAUGUGAAAGCAGCUACUGGUGUUCAGAGUAAAAGUGAACAAAUGGCUCUACGUAGCAUUGCAGGAGCACUCCCAGCACUCCGUCAAUAAAAAACACAGACGGUGGCAGGACAUUACCGAAGCGGUCAUGUAUUGUUUGGCCAAAGACAUAAAGCCAAUUCAGGCUGUCGGAAAGGAAGGCUUUAAACACUUAAUUAAUAAAAUCGCCUGUGCGACAGACGUGGUCGAGCCGAAUCUCUGAACCCUAUAUCAGCCCGACGGUCAAUUACAUAGGCUACGACUGGAAGCUGCACAACUCCUGUCUUGAAACCAGCUAAUUUCCCAAGGAUCACGUAGGAGAAAAUAUUGCGAGUGGAUUAAGGGAGUUUUCUGAGUAAGGAAAUCUACAAGAGAACAAACAGGUGUGUGUAACAACAGACAAAGGGGCUAAUGUUGUCAAACUUUCACGUUUGAGGACAUAUUUCAAAAUUAAUUUUCAGAAUUUAACCCUUUUUAACAGGAAUAAUAAAAAUGCCAUUGUUUAGAAGCAGCAGCCAGUCACUAAUAAUAUAUUCUGUAAUUUUUUCCAAAUCAUCAUAAAUAUCGUCAUCACAAACUGCCAUGACAUAAUGUAAUAAUAAAAAAUGUGGAGAAAGUGGAGUUUGUGUCCAAAAUUAACACUUGGGCACCACCAAGAGAAAAUCUUCAAUGCUUCCAUGUUACUACUUAGCAAUUCUGAUCUGAAUCUGAACACAUAUAUCUAGAUGAAAAUAAAGAGAAAACAGACAACUUCUUCAUGAAUUGAAUCAUGGAUCAAUGUUCUGUCAUGAUAUUUUACUGGUGUGUGGAAAGUACAUUCCAACAUACUCAAUUUUGUUUAUUGAACAUCCUCUGAGAUCAGCUUCAUUUAGCAAAAAAAAAAAACAAGAUAAGAAUGUCAAAAGAUCAAAAUGUCUAGAAAGCCCAAAGGCAUUUCCAGCAAUCAUGAGAGGUUUUGUCUGACCUCUACUCAUGUGGUUUUGUCUCCUUCUCAUUUCGGAUAAAAGAUGAAGACACGCAAGACGCAAAACCCCAACAGUCACCCUGCUUAUAAUGAAUGAAUCAUGCUUAGUAGAGAACUGUUGUGCACCAUACUAUACACAAAGAGAAGAAAUGAAGCCUUAGGGCGCAUCCUGCUUUUCAUUUACCAAGUCCACAAAGUAAAUAUUCAAUUAGUCAAAUAUGAAAGAAAAUAAAGAAGAUAGACCUGUUUUAGGCUACAAUGUCUUUAGGGGUUCAACGGAUGUAAUGCAAUUUCUGUCUACCAUUUGCUCUGUCUCUAAAUUCAGCAUAUUCACAGCAGAUCAUGCUGAGAGCUGAUGAACUGCAAUAAAUCGAAUUAGGAGUUCACUGUUAAUAUUAUUCCAUAAUAUCAACACUGUAACUGGUAAAGAAAAGUCAUUUUAAUGACCAACAAAAAACAUCUUUUCGGCAAAAAGUAUGCUACUAUUUAGAAGUCAAAUAUAUUUACAUAGUUCAAUUUCUUAUCUCUUCAAACCUAAAUUCUAAGACUUACAGUUGCAGGGUUUUUUUUUCCAAAGCAAUGAAUAAAAGUAAUGAAAUCAUGUUUGUAACCUGUUAAAAUGUUCAAUUAUUUGAUCAAAAGAAAAAAAAAAAGAAAAAGCUUAAAAUUAUAAAAACAUGCUUCAGUACUAACACAUGCACGCAAACGCACUAAAACGCGCAUGCACACACAGACAAAACAACUUAAGUAAGCUCUGAGCAUGGAUGGCUGCUAGUUUGGUUUCAUCUACCGGAAAAAUGAAGCGAUUAAGGCGGAUUAUAUCUGCCAUGUUUAUGCCGUUCAAAUCAGGAAUGAGGACUCCCUGCUCACGAUGCACAGCCUGUCUAAAAUCUCCUUUUAGUAUCCCAUAUUCCCGGUGGUCUUUGCCCCCGUCUGCGUGCAUUAUGAAUUCGGUCUCUUGACGGCUUAGCUAUUUGAACACUUCUAUUCUUCACAGCCAAGGGCUCGGAGGCAGAGGCUGACAUUUCUAUCCAGUGUUUCAAAACCAGAUGCUAAAAUGACUGAUUUUGCUGUGUGAUCAUCAGCUUUCAUGUAAUAGCUCAAAGAUGGAAACAUAUUUUUUAGAGUUACGUAAACAGCUUACUAAAACCAGUCAAGUCAGACGUAAUACUACACUAUGAUUCUUAUCAACUGUCAACCCCCACACAGCAAAAACCUGUUAUUUGUUAUGUGAUUUAUAAGGCCAUCACAGCACAAACAGUUUUUGUGGUGUUCAGAUGUGAGGUGUGAAACACUGGUGUGCAGUGACAGAUGUUCCUCCUACAAGUAAUCACAGACCCAUUUUUUUGUCUGACAUUAUUAUUUACUGCCAUAAUCUGCUCCAUAUUAAUGCCAUGGAAUGCUGCUAAUGCUGCUAAUCUCUGACUUAUAACUGCAUGGAAAAUACCUCACUGUGACCGGUGACUUACUGGUCAACACAUUUUCAUCCUUAUGCAAAACACCUACCACCAUGUCAACCCCAAGGCUGUUGAUUUUUGAACUAACUGUCUCUCACUGCAACAAUUUUCACUGUUAUUCACCACUUUCUCUUCCUGCAGUGUUUCUUAAUGUCACAUUUUAAUGUAUGUUGUUACUGCACUGUUGUAUCGUGAUGAAAACACCAACUGUGUGCUCUGGUCCAGCUGACAAAUCAUCAUUUAAAUAUGUGCAUCAUCAAUUCUGUGGAUGUAAUAUGAAUAUACUAAGUACAUUCAGACAUAAAUUACUGUACGUUUCAGGAAACUGAUAUGACAUCUAGAUGCUGGGAGAAAGCUUUGAAGAGAUUCAUGUUGUUAUGCCAAGUCGGUCACAGUAUCACACCCAAGUACAAGGCUCAUCUGAAACCAUUAUGAAAUUACUGAGUGUAAUUAAAAGAUGGCUUUAAGUGAGCCAUCUGUAACCCUCCUACACAUAUGCUCGGUCUGAAAUGAAAAGAAACCCCAUGAGAAUCAGCUGGCAUGGGGGGUUAAGUUUACAAUGCAAGGCGUUAAAGAUGUGGUUACAUUAGAGACUACCACAUGCCUCAUUUUUUGAACAUUUCAAUUUCUAUUGCAAAUAUAUACCAGACACACUUUCAGGAAAAUAUAGUUAUUCUUCACAGAUAGAUUAUAACCACCUUUCAGCAAGGCUUUAUCAUCCAAAAAACCCUUUUUAUUGCAAGAAGCUACAAAAGUCCCACUGCUUACUUUGUUCCUGAAACAUGUCAUUAAAGUAAAGACCUAUUUUUGCAGUAAUGGAUAAAUGAUGAAGGUAAAUGUCUAUUUUGUUUGUAUUCGUCUAAUACAUCUGUAUUGUGUGUUUUGUCCUCUUUCUCCUCUCCUGCCAAAGAUGAUGAACCAGUUGGACCAAUGUAAGUAUAUAGCCACUUAUUCAUAUUCUUACAUUCAAAAUCAUUCUUUCCUUUAGGCCACUUAAUCCUAACUACAGUACCUCUUUUCUAGGAAAACAAAUUCAACAAACAACCACAAGGACAAAAACAUUCGCCAGAGGAAUACAAAAUAAGCAAUUUACUCAAGUAAGACGCUGUUGUAGAGGAUGGGGGCUAAAUAUAGAACUCUCUGGGAGGAUUAUCCAUAGUCACGCCUUCUCUUGAUUUUCUCUUCACAGACGAGAUGGCUAAACUGCGUUUUUUGGACUACAUGAAGGUGUCAGAGGUGGAUGGAGCUCCAGGCAGUUUUGAAAAAAGCAUAUCUUGUCUCAUUUUAUGAGAAACAAUAUCAGCAUAACACUGGCAACAAAAAGAACAUAAUGGCUGUCUUAAGCAUGCCUUAUUCAGUCUUAACGUGGAGAUUUCAGGAUGACAAAUAAUGACUAAAACCACCACAAAGGUGUACACAUUUUUAAUGUGCUGUUUGUGUCUCCUUUAUUGAUUUCAUCAUAUCCUCAAAUGAGGUGAUCCCUUUUGUAUUACAUAUCAUGUACAAUGCAUGCAAGAUGAUAACGCAAUAGGAUACUCAGAAUAGACAUUUUCUGUUGUUAUCCCUCGUGUGGCUUUUUUUGCAUCUGAAAUGACCUAUGUUUUUUUAUGGAGUCAUCCCUAUUCAAUAUAUACAUAUGUAUAUUAAUAUAUACAUAUCUAUAUAUAUAUAUAGUUAGUUAGUUUUAUUCUUGAAAAUUUGUACAGCAUAUCAUGGUCAGUUAACUAGAUUUGAUUUUGUGAAGCCCACUUUUAACAGAACUUUUAUCGUGAAGCAAGGGCUUCAAUGACUGGCAGUAUUUAAAUUCAAUUGAGAGUGAUUACAGAAAAUGACAACUGUGUGUUUAACUAUCUAAACAAAAAUGGUAUGUGUAUUAUUUUUCUUUUCUUUCCAGAGUAACUUAGGUGUCUUGUAUAUGUUUAAAGUAUGAGUGUUCAAAUGAUAGGAAAUCUGUAUAAAAAAAUAUUUUUUUUAUAUUUCCCUAUUUCAUUUAUUGAUUUUUAUUUUUUAUUUUUCUCUUUAACUGUAUAGCAUGGCUAUAAUCCUAUGCAAUAUGUAUUCUUAAAUAGAUCUAUGGAGGGCAGUUUGUUUUACUCAGUGAAGCUUUAAUAUUGUUGGAAUCACUUGGAAGCGGGCAUAGCAAAAUUCACUGCUGUAGCUGCAUGACUCCUGUUUCAAUACAAUGUAUCCAUGUGUGUUGAGGUGGAAAUGGACCUGCAUCAAGGUGGGAACAGAGGGACCAGAGUAUAUAGCCACGAUCAAACAUAUGAGUGAGACCAAUAUUUUUUUUCUGAAUAAAAAAAUUGAAAUUCUUUUUU